AUCUAUCACAUAGUGACGUGGAUGGGGAUAACAAACAUCCCAUCAAAUUGUGUCUAGUCCCCCACAGGCACAACUAUUACAAUGACGGUGGUCGCCGGUUGCUCCUCCUCCUGUCUUAUUUCCCGACCAAUUUCCUUUCCACCCUCUCACACUACCAGCGCUGGAAGCGUACUUUCCCUGGUAAUCGAUGUCCAUAACUUGGUAUUUCAUAGAGAUGAUUGCACUAGAACCUUUAAAGCACGUCGAAUUUUACUUGGCGUCAGUGCUGUAAGUAAGAAGCUAUCAAGAUUUGGGGAAACUGAUUAUGGAGUUGUUGAUGAAUCCUCCACUUUGCAACAGAGAACGGGCCUUGUAGGAUCCUUACAAGCAGGAGCUGUUAUUGCAAAUGCCUUGUUAUUAACUACACCUUUAGAAGCACUGGCAGAAACCUGUGAGGCGCCGCUAUCUGUGUUUAAUAUGAACAUGCCUUUGUUACUACUUGUAGCCCUCAUUGGUGCCACAGUUGGAGGACUGCUUGCUCGACAAAGAAAAGCAGAGCUGUUAAGGCUAAAUGAACAGCUUCGCCAGAUUAAUACAGCUUUAAAAAGGCAAGCAAAGAUAGAAUCGUAUGCACCUGCUUUAAGUUACGCUCCUGCUGCUGCUAGAGUAUCAGAGAACGAAGUGAUUGUUGAUCCAAAAAAGCAAGAGUUGAUAUCCCAUCUGAAAAAAGGCAAGAACUUUCUACGAAAUCAAAAUCCAGAUAAGGCAUUUUUCGAGUUUAAGACUGCGCUUGAGCUCGCUCAGAACAUUAAAGAUCACAUUGAGGAAAAGAAGGCUGCAAGAGGACUAGGAGCAUCAUUGCAGAGGCAGGGAAAGCACCAAGAAGCCAUUAAAUACCAUUCAAUGGUUCUAUCUAUCUCAGAAAGGGAAGGAGAGGACUCAGGAAAUACAGAAGCAUUCGGUGCAAUAGCUGAUUGUUACACCGAGCUUGGUGAUCUGGAGCGGGCAGCUACUUACUAUGACCAAUACAUUGCAAGAUUACAAGCAGACUGACCUGUUUAAAUUAUCAUAUCGGAAACUGGGUAUUUUUUUUUGUAGUAGAGGCAUGUAUUGGUUUCGACGGGGUUCAUCAUCUAUGUAUCUCUCUUGGUUUCUUGUAAUAAACUUUCUUGAACCUUAUGUACCUCUUCGAGUUUGAAGUGUUAGAAGACUGGCUACGUGUAUUCAUGAA